AUGCCGACCGUUCGCGCUCCCUCUCCGCCUCCAACAGCCUGGCCAGCGUACUAUCCGCCUUCUCUUCGCUACCUGUCCGAUCCGCGCCCGCACCCAGACCCGUCCAAGCUGCCACCGUCGAGGAGGUACCGUCCGCAGGGGAGUGGGGACAAGGUCCGCACGAUGCAGGACGAGUUGGAUCAGCUCGAUGUCGACGAGGACGAGUUGUACAAUCAGAAAAUGGACACUCGACAGUAUGGCUACUCCUGGUUGAUCCCUCUCGGCCGCCAAAACACCCACGAAGAAGAUAUCGAAUCGCAAUACGGUUCAUCCCCUCACGCCUCGCGCCUCGCCGACCCCCUCAACCUCGACGGAGACUUUGACUUUGACUUUCCCGACCUCCGUCAUGGGGCCGACGGCGCAGGCGAAGGAGCGGGGAGAGGACGGUUCGGGGCUCAGAGGGGUUUGCUGCAAGAAGAGGAGGAUGCGGAUGUCGAGGUCCGGGAUUUGGAUGACGAGAUUGAGGAUGCGGAUGCGGCGAGCCAGAGUGGGAGCGGAGAGUCGGAAGAGGAGGACGGGGAGGAAGGGGAGGUAUCGGGCGCGGUGAGCAACAUGAUGAGUGGGGAGGGGGACGCGAGUGUGCGGGUGGAGGAAUGGUGGGACGGGCAGCGAGAGAGGCAGUAUCGGGAGCUGCCAGGUGACGGAGGAUCUUACAUGUAA